AUGUCUACCAAAUUGAGACGGAGCUUCUCCGAGGUCUUUCGAGGCAAGAAGGCCUCAAAGUCAACCAUCACCCUUGCGCCUGUCCCCGAGUUUCCCGAGAUCGAGCCUCAGGAGCCUCAGGAGCCUCGUCGUGUUUCGAAUGCCUUUGAAGAUGUCGCAUCCUUUGCCCCGUCGAUCCAUGAAGAGGCCCAGUUCGAGACUCAUCUCCAAGAUGCUGUCGUCGAAUCUCUUCUCGAUCGAAUCAAGACUCUCGACCAGGAGCGAAACCAACAGAUUGCCAAGGCAGGGCGCCUAGAGCAGCAGCUUCUGGCGAAGGAUCAGGAUCUCCAGGACAUGCGACAGCUUGUCGACCGGGAUAGAGGAAGAUUUCGACAGCUGAACGACAAGGUUGCACGCUUGAGACAAGAGAAGGAACAGCUAGUACACCAACACGCACAGCAACUAGAGGAAAAGGAAAUUCGCCUAGCUGAGGAAAAGUCGCUGAUAAAGGAUUAUGCCGAGCAGUUGAAGGAGUAUCAAGUGUCUUAUAUCAGAAUGUCCGAAGCUCAAGGUCAACUACAAGAGAGAGUCGACGAGCUUGAGGCCGAAAACCGCGCCCUACUACAACCUACCGAUGACACCCCCGCCACGAUGCAGCAAGAAAAGAUCAUGCUCACGAAAAAGGUCAGGUCUCUGGAAACUGAGCUGGCGCACGAGAAAGCAGAUUGUGACGAGGGAAGAAGAGCACUUUUCGAAAUGCACCAACGAAAGCGCGCUGUCGAUGCUGAGAACAGUAACAUGGCUGAGAAGUUGGCUAUGCAGGUUCAAGAGAUGGAGGAUAUCAAGGCUAUUCUUGAUCAACAAAUGGCAGAGGUUGAGCAAGAGCGGCAAAGGCAUGAGGCUCAGAUGGAAGAAGCGGCUCGAGUUCCUUGGAGUAGCCCGACACCUCGGAUGAUCUUGGUCAGCAACAUGUUUUCCCAAGGUUUCCAGAACGCGGAAGCUCCUGGAAAUACACCAAAUGCGGCUCCAUUUUUGCAGUCAUGUUCGCUGGCGAUGCUCACCAAUAACCUCCUCGACAUCAAACUCGAUACCCAACAAGCUCGCCGUUUAGCCGAAAACAUUUCAACUGCAGAUCUCAAGAUUCUUCCCUGCGACUUGUGUCAGUUGCCCAAGUUUGCAAACAAGUCCAACAACCCGCGAGUUCGUGUCAAUGAAUUCGCGAGUGCAUCGCAGCCGACUACUUGUUGCUCCAAGUUCAUCUGCACCGAGUGUUACUUGAAUUUUAUCACAGAUUCACUUACCAACGACUGGUGGAGUAACUUGGAGAGAGGAAGUUGGUUGACUUGCCCGGCACCAAACUGCGACCAUGCUCUGCGUCUUACUCAUCGAGGAGCUCUUGUAAACUUGUUGCGGCAGCUAGGUGACAAGGACUCUGAUAACAAGAUGGCCAUGUAUGACCGCAUUCUUAUCUUCCGAGCUGCUCUCGCCAAGCUGGAUCCCAAGCCAAGUGACGAAGCUUUGAAGAUCGCAGCCAGAAUGCACAGUCAACUAGCCGUAGUUGGUCGAAUGCAUUCACUGUUCGACCCAGUCUUCAACAACACGGAGCCCGACGAAGCUGGUCGGAUUCCCCCUUUCAACCCCGGAAACAUCAAGAUGAUCCGCGUCGAUCACGAAGGAGGCAGCAUCCUAGUUCCCCUCUUUAUCCGGUUCAUCCGACGACAACGAACGCCAAAAGAAUGUGCAGUCUGUACUGACGGGUUCUUUGAUGUUGAUUUUGCUUCCGUGGAAGAAUGGCUAGACCUGUGCGAAGGCUUCCACGGUGAGUGGAUGUGGAAGAUUCUCCUGUUCCCUGUGAAGCUUAGGAUAGGGUGUAACCAUGACAUCGACUUUUGCACUGGAUGUUUGGAGCAACAUCUCAAGACGCAGCUUGAGCAGUACGGACGGAGUAGAUGCGAUCAGCUCGCUUGUCCGUCUGAUGGUUGUACUCGACGGCUUGAGUACGAGGAAGUUCGACUGUAUGCCGAACCGGAAACCUUUGAGCUGUAUGACCGCUACCUUCACCUCAACGCAAUAAGCAGUCUCGAAAACUUCCGAUGGUGUCUCCGCCAGGGAUGUCCCAACGGCCAGCUUUACGACGACGAUGAUGAAACGGACCCUCACAUUCACUGCCAAGAGUGUGCAUUUGAGAUGUGCUACAAGCACAUGAUUCCUUGGCAUGAGGGCCUCACCUGUGAGGAGUUUGAGAGCGCCAGGGAUCACGGCGACCCGCAGUACCAGCAGACGCAAGACUGGAUUGCCAACAACACGAAACCGUGUCCGAGCUGUAACCAGAACAUUCAAAAGGGCGAGGCCUGUUUCCACAUGACGUGCUCCAAUUGUCACCAUGAGUUCUGUUGGAUAUGCCUCGCAGACUGGGCCCAGAUCACGCCCCGUCCGGGAGAACACAAUCCGGAGACGCAUGGUCAGGAGUGUAUCUUUCGCACCAAUGGAUUAAUGCCAAGUCAGCUUUUUGGGAGGACGGUGGAGGAGGCGUUGGCGCCUCGACGACGACAACCAGCUGCUGCUUAA